CAAGGCAACUCGAAUCGUUUUGUAAGAUUUAUUACACAAUUUUACUCCUCAACCAUUUCUUGCUGAUUGACUAUUUCGAACUACAAUACCCAGAAGCCCUCGCGCUUCCUCCACCUACCUCGUCCAGGCUCAGCUUUAAUUCUCAAGGGUUUCUGGGAAGGGAGGACUGAUACCCAAGGAAGGACUACGAAUCCCAGCAAGCAGUUAGCGACGCAAGGGCCCAGGAGGAGGAGCUCGUAGCCAUCGGCCCGGCGGAGCCAGAGAGAGAGGAAGGGAGAGAGAGAAGAAAUAUCAAUGUAAGAGAGAAACGUCGAUUGGAUGCCUCCUGUACACGCCCCAACCGGGAAUCAAACCCACCUACUAGGGUAAGACAAGGAUAGCAGGAUGUGUGCAUCCUGUCACUGAGCCUCUGGCCGUACCCAGUUGGGAACCUGAGCAGCAUGCUCUACGUGUGGCGAGCCCUGGAUGACUGUCAGCUCUUCUCACUGUUGGACAUCUAGAUCUCAGUUUUAGGACAAGCUACAUUGCAGCAACCACCAUGGUCCCUAGAUCUUUGAGAUCAUCUCUGAUCAUUUCCUUGGAGGAAUUCCCUCUUGGAUGCAGGUGCCCCUCUUGGGCAGUGGCAGCCCCCGGAGCAGGUGACCAUGGGGAAGCGUUACUUCUGCGACUACUGUGACCGCUCCUUCCAGGACAACCUCCACAACCGCAAGAAGCAUCUGAAUGGGCUGCAGCAUCUCAAGGCCAAGAAGUCCUGGUACGACAUGUUCCGAGAUGCAGCUGCCAUCUUGCUGGAUGAACAGAACAAGCGGCCCUGCAGGAAAUUUCUACUGACAGGCCAGUGUGACUUUGGCCCCAACUGCAGAUUUUCCCACAUGUCAGAGCGAGACCUGCAGGAGCUGAGCAUCCAGGUGGAGGAGGAGAGGCGGGCCAGGGAGUGGCCUGUAGAUAGCACUGAACUCCCAGAGGGCCAUUUGGAGGACUGGCUGGAGAAGAGAGCCAAGCGGCUGCGCUCUGCCCCAAGCAGCAGGGCUGAACCCAUCAGAGCCACUGUCUUCCAGUACCCAGUGGGCUGGCCACCAGUCCAGGAGCUGCCUCCAUCUCUGCGGGCACCCCCACCCGGGGGGUGGCCCCUGCAGCCCAACGUGCAGUGGGGCUGAGUCCCUUGUCCCCACCCAGCCCCUGCCGGGUCAGUUCCUACUUCAGUCACAAUAAAGGGUUCAUAUGGGAGCGCUGAGGCCCCCUCCUGCUGUGCCCCAUGGAGUCUCGGAAGCUGCUAGCUCAGCCUGGCCUGGCCUUGCUGAGGCCUGGGAGUUCUCCCACCAGGCGCAGCCCUGGUCCUGGCUCUGCCGGUCAGCUCCACCCUCCCUCCAUCAUG